UUAUUUUUUUAAGAACAGGGCUUCUAUAUAUUAAAUGAUCUCGGUCUACGUUAAGGUUUCUAUUGAGUACAUCAUUUCUUUACCGAGUUCAGGUUUAUCGGGUUACACCCAUUUCACAUCAUCAAACAUAAUAGAGAAUUGGGUGUGUGGGUAUUGGCGGUAUAUUAUUGUUCAUAUAGGUAAACCCUGGUUAUUUCACGACUAACGGCCGGUCAAUAUAAACCAUUUAGUUUUAUUUCAUAGCCAAUAACUGUUCAUAUUGUGAGAGCUUUCAAUAUAGGUAUAAAUCAAUAUGUCCAAUGUCCAGGAUCUCACGGUACAAUUCUACUACGAUGACAACACAGAACGACAAUUUUACAUGCCCGGAGACUUAAUGAGAGGAGUGAUCACUGUGUACCUUCGGGGUCAUGUUACUGUCAGAACUAUCGAACUGUUUGUUUCUGGAAUCGGUGCCGUGUCCUGGGAAAUCCCGGGCAAAAAGAAACUUUACUCCAGUAAAGAGACAUAUCUUGAUGGUGCCAAGAAAAUUGUGGAGGAACAUAAUGGUCGAGCUUUAAGUUUAGGUCGAGGGGCACAUGAGUAUCCCUUCCAGUAUCAACUUCCUACAGAUAUCCCAUCUUCGUUUAACGGUGUUUAUGGAAAUAUAACAUACCUAACCAAAGUAUCACUGGAAUGCGAGGAUGAGCGUCAUAACUUAAUCGUCAGUGAACCCUUUCUGUUCCUGAGAAGACCAUAUCUUCCAGCUGAAAGUUAUUCAGAUAAGGACAUGAGCACAAGUCGCUCGUAUUUCGGAUUUUGUACCAGUGGAAAAGUCAAAGUCCAGUGUUCAUUGACAAGAACUGGUGGGGUUCCAGGAGAGGAUAUAUCAAUUAACGCUGAUGUUAUGAACUGGAGUCCACGAGAAAUUAUCGUCAUUCAAGCGGCUAUCAUUCUCGACAGUGUUUACUCCGCAAGAGGUAAAAAAAUCGCUUUUCGACAAAUCAUCAAUAAAAGAGAGGAUCCUUAUGAUUUUGAUAACCGAAAAGGUCGGAGAUGGCGGAAUGUACUGAUGGCAAUACCUCCAUAUAUUGCCGAAACAAAUUUAAAAUUCUGUAAUAUCAUGGAUGUUUCUUACACGUUUCAAUUUCGGGUGGCUGUGAGCGGUACUGAAGAUAUUCAACUGGAGUGUCCUAUCUUCGUUGGAGGUCAUCCAGAAAGUUAUGACCCGCGCGGUGGUAAUUCCGCUUUAACACCAUCGAAUGUGGUGACACGUGAGAUGUUUCCAUGGCACACAGGACAAAGUACUGUGACAGAAACUGUUGACGGUGAUGCUUUCUUUGGAUAUCGGUAAAUUUAUAAACUUGUUAGUGAAGUAUGUGACAUAGAUAACAGUGAUGUCGGAACUAGACAGCAACAAUGCAGACUGCCGUAACGUGAUUAUAUUGAUACGGCUGUCAAAGGCGUGUCUUAAGUAACACGAACUAGAUUAAAGGCCGCGUCGUUCGUAACCAGCGCUUAUAAACGGAUAUAUUAUUUAUGUACCAGUUAUACCAGUUUGGCACAUUGCAAAACUAGGCUGUGAUUUAUCUAGGAGGAAAUGUAUAAUAUCCUAUAGCCCAAUAUAUAGUUAUAUAAAUAUCUUACUACAUCUAUAUAAAUGUUUACAGUUUACAUUUAGUAAAAUCGUUAUCUUUGUUUGUUUAAAACAUACUAUAUUCGAUUCCAUUGUUGAUUUUUUUAGUUUAAACUUUUAAAUAUAGAAUUACCAAUGAUUUUCUAUAUAUGAAAUGGAAUAAAAUCGACUCCGUGGACACCGAGAUAACUGCUGUGACGAAAAAGACAUCGAUGCUGAAACUACUGACACAAGAUAUUGUAUGGUUACUAAUUCCUCUAAAAGAAUCAGUUUUGAGGAACAUCAAUAGAAGAGAAACCCGCUUUAUGGAGUUUUAGUAUUAGGUCUCCUUCAUGUUUAUGUUUAGUCCCGAAAUGACCUAGUUUGUGUCGAGUGGACGUUAAACCCCAUUUCUCUCUCUCUCUCUCUCUCUCUCUCUCUCUCUCUCUCUCUCAUGUUUAUGUUUUAGCGUCAUUUAUGUUUGUUUCAGUGUAUAGAGUAGGCUUGUGUAUGGUAGCUUUUCAGUAGAAAAAAAUAAUUUAUUGUAUCUCAUUUUCUGCGGUAAUCAAAACUAAUAUGUAUAUAAAUCAUUAUGAUUAGUGUUUACACACACGCACGUACACAUGUCAUAUAGACUCAGAUAGGAUGUUAUUGACGAAACAUACCAUAAUAAAAGAAUGUAGGGUAUUUUCAAGUUGCGUCCAGUAGCAGUUCUGCAAGUUACAAUCUGAUUAAAAUACAGAUCUAUAUUUCGUUUAGUUUUUACCCCCCCCCCCCCGCGGUACGCAAAUAGUGUAAACAUCUGGUAUAUCGAGGUUGUGGACCUUCUAGAGGUGACAAUUUUGAUCCGAUUUUGAUGAAACUCGAAAUGCAUGUUUAUAACCCAAAGAUCUUGGUUGCUCUCGAUAUCCGAUCGUACCUUCCUUAAUUAUGGCGCUUGAUGUUACGAAAACUCGCUUUUUGUUUAGCUUGUUCUCUAUCAAUCUCUUGAAAAAUGUGGGCUGGUUUAUACUUUCGAUGGCCUUUACUACAAGAAGAUCUGACCAGUUGUAGUGGGGUCGCGUAAGGGUCAUACGUGUGGCUUUUGAUCCUAUGACGCCAGACAUUGAUUAAUCAAUCAGCGUUGACGUUUCUAGUGGUUUACCCACAGUUCCGUGUUCAGUACGCAAAGAUCUCCCCGUAACAGACCGGUUCAUUUGCUGAUCCCUCACAUCAAGCAGAACGCCUGUAACAUAACAGCGCCUCCAGAUCCUAGUGUUAUGAAGAUAUCGUAGAUAAAACUUAAUAUUUGGCCACGGGCAUUUCUUUAUAGGGCGCGUUCCGUAAUUCUCUUAUAAUGAUUAGUCGACCCCAAACCAAUCUACCAAUCAGAUCCCGUGAUACAGAAAAAUGCAUGGAAUCAUUUGAUAGGCUUUAAUUCUCGGACUUUUUGGUCGUCUGUCUAAUGAAGGACGCAGAUAUUAUUAUGCUGGCGCCAGAAGCACAUGUCUUUUUAACGGAACGAAUAUACCAUCUAAGUUUAACAAAAUUAUCAUUUACUAUAAGAGGGAAUGUAUUUAUAUUAAAUGGGGUUGUAUUUAUAUGUGUAUCCUAUUUUGUUAUGUAAUAAAAUAUGUAUCUAAAAGAAA